ACUAUCAUACAAUGUCUGGUUCUAGACUCCCACUUAGAAAGGACCCUGCUUGGAAAUUUCACAAAGAUUUUCCAGGGCAAAAAAAAGGGUAGAAAAAGUGUAAAUUUUGCAAAACAAUAUUCCAUGGAGGCAUAUAUAGAUUGAAAUACCAUAUUGCUAGCGUACAUGGCCAUGAUGCCGACCCAUGCCUGGGACCAACUAUUGAGGCUACACGUGAGUGCUAUGUGGCAGUUGAAGCACUUGAACCAAAAAAAGAAAUGGCAAAGAAGCAAAAGGAUGAUUUCGCGGCCAUUGGUUUAGGUUGUGCAGGAGGACCUUCUUCCAUGCCUCCAUAUCGUCCCACUCACAGUGCUAGCGCUUUUGCUUUUGCUAGUGCUACUGCUCAUGUUACUAGCACUGGUAGUGGUAGUGGGAGUGUUAGCAUUGGUCCUAGAAUUCGUAAAUCUAGGUUGGAUUCCUUCUUUGAGCCUCGCACUACUCUUGGGUCCCAACAGUCGCUUGAGAGCAUGGGUUGGAACAAGGAGGUCCAUGAUGCCGCUAAAAUGGCAGUUGGCAGGUUUUGGGUCUACUGCAGUGUUCCAUUCUUUGCAGCUAGGUGAAUAUUUUUUGUUUGAUUGUUUUAAUAUUUAUAGUUUGAUUUUUUGUCGUACAACUACAGAGUACGUACUUAACUUAUCUCAUUUAAUUUAUAUUUGUGACAGGUCUCCUUAUUGGCAAGAGACGGUUGAUGCCCUUACCAUAUGCAGGGCGAGGUUCAAAGCCCCUUCUGAAUUUGAUUUAAGGGGACCAAUUUUGACUGAUUUAGUGCGUGAUGUGAAGAGAGAAUUAGAGGAUCAACGCCACAUAUAGAGUAGGACAAGUUGCACCAUCGUGACUGAUGGUUGGACGGAUAGGAGAAAUAGAACUCUCCUUAAUUUUCUUGUUUCUUCCACAGGCGAUUGAUCAAUUUUAAUUUCAUUUAGUCAUUAAUUUUUUUAAUUUUUUAUUUAAUGAUUUAUUGAAUGAUCAUUGAUCUUGCUUUAUUUUUUUAUUUCAGGGGGCACUGUUUUCAUCAAGUCCAUUGAUGCCUCUGCACACUGCAAAAAUGCGACAUUCCUAUGUGAGAAAAUAGAGGAGGUGAUCCAUGAGGUGGGUGAGGAGAAUGUGGUGCAGGUAGUCACCGACAAUGCAACAAAUUAUGUUGCCGUAGGUAAAAUUCUGAUGGAGAGGCACCCAUCUAUAGUUUGGACUCCAUGUGUCGCCCAUUGCAUUGACCUCAUGUUGGAGGAUAUUGGAAAACUCCCAUGGGUUAAGAGAUGUGUAGAAAUGGCAAGAAAUAUUUGCAAAUUUAUAUAUAAUCAUUCAUGGGUGUUAGCUCUUAUGAGGCAAUACACAAAGCAAAGGGAGUUAGCUCGUUCUAGAAUCACGAGAGUUGGCACUAACUUCAUUACAUUACAGUCCAUGCUUCGCUGUAAGGCGACUUUGAGACGUACGAUUGUUGGUGAGGAGUGGUCUUCCUCAUCCUAUGCUGCUACCGCUAGAUGGACAGAUAUGGCAGACUGCAUUUUUGAUGAGGGAGGCUUUUGGACCCCUCGUGAUGAGAUUGUGAAGUUUGUUAAGCCCUUGGUGGUUCUCUUGCGAGUUACGGAUGGGAAAAGCCUACAAUGGGCUACAUAUAUGAGGACAUGGAUAGGGCCAAGGAGGCCAUCAAAUCCAUCUAUGUAGGAGAUGAGAGCAGGUAUCAUCCCAUUUGGGACAUCAUUGAUAGGAGAUGGCAUAACCAGCUUCAUAGGCCCAUCCAUGCAGUAGCAUAUUAUCUGAAUCCGGCAUUCCAUUUCAGCCCUACUUUCAAGGCGGAUGAGGAGGUUCUUAGUGGGUUGUACUCAGUCAUGGAGAAGAUGGCACCUGCUGGUUGUACUCAGACCAAACUUAUGCGAGAGAUACAGUUGUUUUCAAAUGCUCAAGGGGAGAACACUUCUCGUACUAUCUGCAAAGAAAGUAGGACAACUAUGA